AUUGUGACGUAUGUUCCACAGCUUUCUGGGAAAUGUAGUUUAUUUGUUCUCCAGUUGCGGAAAAAUCUAAGGCUGUGGACUACCACUCCCGUGAAGUAGUGCGGUAUCCCACCGCGUUCGCGGCGUCUUCGAACGCGCCGCGGCAGCCAUGUUGGACGCGGCCAGCACAGGGGCUGGCACCCAGGGGUUAUCGAAGCGGCUGUCACGAUGCUGGGGUUCCUGGUGUUGAGGAGAACAGCGCUGGCGCCGCGGCUCCUCCUCCAGCUGCUUAGGUCCCCAUCGCUCCGGAGUCAUGGAAGUGCCUCCAGCCAGAGUGUGACCACCGCGGGCCGCGGGGAGCCGCAGUGGCUGAGGGCGGCCGUCGGGGGGCGCCCUGGAACAUCGUUGGCCUUCCUCCCCCGAGAAGGGGCAGCCACCUGGGGGCGCCAGGGAGGACGCACCGAGACCCAGGGCCUCGUAGCCGCAACAUGGGGACGCCUUCCUAGCCCAGAAGAAACACUCCCGGGACAGGACAGCUGGAACGGGGUCCCCAGCAGGGCCGGACUGAGCAUGUGGGCCCUGGCCACGGCGCUGGUGGUUCACUGUUACAGCAAGAGCCCGUCCAACAAGGAUGCAGCCCUGAUGGAAGCUGCUCGCACCAACAAUGUCCAAGAAGUCAGCAGGCUCUUGUCGGAAGGUGCAGAUGUUAAUGCAAGGCACAGACUUGGCUGGACAGCACUCAUGGUGGCAGCCAUCAGCCGAAAUGACAGUGUGGUGCAGAUCCUGCUUGCUGCUGGUGCUGACCCAAACCUUGGGGAUGAUUUCAGUAGUGUUUAUAAGACUGCCAAGGAGCAGGGAAUCCAUUCUUUGGAAGAUGGGGGACAGGACGGUACAAGCUGGUGCAUCACAAACCAGUGGACAAGUGCCCUGGAGUUCAGGAGAUGGCUAGGAGUUCCCACUGGCGUCCUGGUCACCCGAGAGGAUGACUUCAACAACCGGCUGAACAACCGUGCCAGCUUCAAGGGCUGCACAGCCCUGCACUAUGCUGUCCUUGCUGAUGACUACCGCACUGUCAAGGAGCUGCUUGAUGGAGGAGCCAACCCCCUGCAGAGGAAUGAAAUGGGACACACACCCUUGGAUUAUGCCCGAGAAGGGGAGGUGAUGAAGCUUCUGAGGACUUCUGAGGCAAAGUACCAGGAGAAGCAACGGAAGCGUGAGGCGGAGGAGCGGCGCCGCUUUCCCCUGGAGCAGCGGCUGAAGGAGCACAUCAUUGGCCAGGAGAGUGCCAUCGCCACAGUGGGUGCUGCGAUCCGGAGGAAGGAGAAUGGCUGGUACGAUGAAGAACACCCUCUGGUCUUCCUCUUUUUGGGAUCAUCUGGAAUAGGAAAAACAGAGCUGGCCAAGCAGACAGCCAAAUAUAUGCACAAAGAUGCCAAAAAGGGCUUCAUCAGGCUGGACAUGUCUGAGUUCCAAGAGCGGCAUGAGGUGGCCAAGUUUAUUGGGUCCCCACCAGGCUACAUUGGCCACGAGGAGGGUGGCCAGCUGACCAAGAAGCUGAAGCAGUGUCCCAAUGCUGUGGUGCUCUUCGAUGAGGUGGACAAGGCCCAUCCAGAUGUGCUCACCAUCAUGCUGCAGCUGUUUGAUGAGGGCCGGCUGACGGAUGGAAAAGGGAAGACCAUCGACUGCAAGGAUGCCAUCUUCAUCAUGACCUCCAAUGUGGCCAGUGACGAGAUCGCACAGCACGCACUGCAGCUGAGGCAAGAGGCUUUGGAGAUGAACCGUAACCGUCUCGCCGAAAACCUUGGGGAUGUCCAGAUUAAUGACAAGAUAACCAUCUCAAAGAACUUCAAGGAGAAUGUGAUACGCCCCAUCCUGAAAGCUCACUUCCGGAGGGAUGAGUUUCUGGGAAGAAUCAACGAGAUUGUCUACUUCCUCCCCUUCUGCCAUUCAGAGCUCAUCCAGCUUGUCAACAAGGAACUGAACUACUGGGCCAAGAGAGCCAAGCAAAGGCACAACAUCACACUGCUCUGGGACCGCGAGGUGGCAGACGUGUUGGUUGACGGCUACAAUGUGCACUAUGGUGCCCGUUCCAUCAAGCAUGAGGUCGAGCGCCGUGUGGUGAACCAGCUGGCAGCCGCCUAUGAACAAGACCUGCUGCCGGGGGGCUGUACUCUGCGCAUCACUGUGGAGGACUCAGACAAACAGCUGCUCAAGAGCCCCGAACUGCCCUCACCCCCAGCUGAGAAGCGUCCACCCAAGCUGCGGCUGGAGAUCAUCGACAAGGACAGCAAGACCCGCAAACUGGACAUCCGGGCCCCACUACACCCUGAGAAGGUGUGCUACAAUCUCUAGCUUCUACCCACCUGCCUCUACAUGCCCUCAACAUCUAAUAAAGGCCCCUCGGCUGUGGCAUGGCAACUGACCUAUCUUCCCCUCAUGCCCUUUCCCUCCUCUCCACCCAGCCUGAGGCCUGUUUACCUCCUCAUAGCCCCCGGAAGACCCCUCCUCAGCCUCAAAGUCAAAAAUAGGGAUUUUGUCCUCCCCUGGACCUUUUAUUAUGGGCCCAAAACUUGCCAACAGGUCUCCAAGGGAGGGGCUGCCUCCCCAUCCCCUUCAAGGCAGGGAAGAGAAGGAGGUCCCUUAUCUCUAUCCUUCAGCAUGAUCCCCAUGGUCUGUAGUCUCUGGAACUUGAUUAUCAUGGUCCCAGGAAGCUCAGAAGUUUGGCCGCUAAGAACAGAUCUGCCUGGGAAAAGACGGGGACCAGGCUGUGCCCUGACACCCUUUGCUGGCCCUCGUACAACUGAGUCCCCAGAAUGUCUGCACAGAUUGUGGAGAAAGAGUGCAGAGGCCCAGGCACAGAGGUUGUGCAGUGUAGACUGUAGCUCCCUCUUUCCCAUAGCCUAGAAUUCCAAGGAGAGGGGACCCAUAGAACUUCUCCCCCGUCCACUGCCAUAUGGUGGCUGUUUCCCCUCACCACAUUCUGGUGUCAGGCCAGACCAUGUUUCUCCAGCUCUGGAACUAAGCCAGUAUAAGGCACCUCGAGGAGGAAGGCUGAGUGGGUCACUACCCUGCUCUGCUCCGGGACUGGACAACAGUACCAAAUGACCAGGCAAGCUCAGCUCUAUGGGGCCUCCUUCAGGAGACGAACACAGACAUCGGGGAGCUGUAGGGAGAGAGAUCAUGAAAUCAGGCUGUGCCCAGGUGGCCAUGGAGUCUGCAUCAGCUCUGUCUAUACUGCUGUCCCAGCUGAGUUAGCCUGGAAUAAACUGCUCCCCCGGGCAGUCUGCAUGUUAGUCACGAA